CGGCACGACCUAGUCUGGCCUUCGCAACGUUCCAUCAUGUUACGACGACUUACGACUUUACUGUCGUCCUUCCACCUUCUUUCUGUAGCUCAUGCGAUCUCUGGAGGAACAUUUGCGGAUGGAGGCAACACGCAAGUUAGUGCGAUGAUGAUGUUCGUCGGGAACUCGAAAAAAGUCUACAUAUUGGACAAGGCAGAAGGAAAUGCUGCGGCAAUAAACGGACACCCGGCGUGGGGCUCACGAUGGGACAUCGACACACACAAGGUUGACAUCAUGGAUAUCGCCACCAACUCGUUCUGUGCGUCCGGAAUGCAUCUUCCUAACGGCAGCUUUGUCACAUUCGGCGGGAAUGGCGCUAUUGGUCCUGGGGGAAACAUCGGAUCUCAGGUGAACCCUGGCGGUGCCUCUGGUGCCUGGGACGCAACGUACCAAGACUUCGAUGGAGCGAAGUCGAUCCGGGUCUUGACACCUUGCGAAGACACCCAGGACAUACGGUCGACAGCAUGCCAGUGGUUCGACGAUCCAGCCGUCCUCUCCAUGUCACAGAAGCGAUGGUACAGCGCAGCUGAGCCUCUUGGGAACGGUACUGUCGUGAUAAUUGGCGGGUUCGUGAACGGCGGCUACGUGAAUCGAAAUUAUCCGAACACCGAUCCGACCUACGAGGGAGGCGCUGCCGAGCCAACAUACGAAUUCUUUCCGUCCAACGGACAGACACCCCAGAUCAUGAAUUUCAUGAUCAAGACUUCAGGACUGAACGCCUACGCACAUACCUUCCUCCUCUCGUCUGGAAAUCUGCUCGUGCAAGCGAACUACUCAACCAUGAUCUGGAAUGCGGACACCAACACCGAGACAGACCUACCCGACAUGCCGGGGCAAGUUGUGCGGGUGUAUCCUGCGAGCGGUGCUGUUGCCAUGCUUCCGAUGACUGUGGCAAACAAUUACUCCCAGACUGUCCUGUUCUGUGGUGGAUCUGACAUGCCGGACCAAAGCUGGGGAGACUACAGUUUCCCAGCCAUCGACACUUUCAACUAUCCUGCUUCCAGAGAUUGUCAGCGGCUGACGCCUGAGCCGGCCGAUGGAUCCGCACCUGCUUAUGUCAAGGACGAUGACAUGCUCGAGACCCGGACGAUGGGGCAGUUCAUCAUUCUUCCUACCGGAAAGCUGCUUGUUCUGAACGGUGGUCUGAAUGGAACUGCGGGGUAUGCCACUGCGACUGGACAGAGCAAGCAGCUUCCCUACGGCAUGUCUCUGGCUGCUGGGCCAGUCGGUCAGCCAGCGAUCUACGAUCCUGCAGCUCCUGCGGGAAGCCGAUGGUCGAAUGCGGGCCUGGCGUCGUCAACGAUCGCUCGCCUUUAUCAUUCCACGGCGCUGCUUCUUCCAGACGCGUCUGUGUUGGUGGCUGGGAGCAAUCCGAAUGUAGACGUCAACGUCACCACCAUAUUCCCGACUCAGUACCAGGCUGAGAUCUUCUAUCCACCGUAUUUUUCUGCCUCGAACCGACCAGUGCCGACCGGGAUUCCUUCCAGCAUCUCUUACGGCGGCAACUAUUUCAACGUCACUCUUCCGAGUUCGUCGUAUUCCGGCUCGGGCAAUGAUGCCGCGAAAAAUACGACCGUGGCUUUGGUUCGGCCAGGAUGGACAACCCAUGCGAUGAACAUGGGGCAGCGCUACAUGCAACUGAAUAACACGUACACAGUGAACAGUGACUCGAGCAUCACUCUGCACGUGUCACAAGCUGCACCCAAUGCGAACCUUUUCCAGCCGGGACCUGCGUUUGUUUAUGUCGUAGUGAAUGGAAUACCCAGCAAUGGGACGGCUGUCAUCGUCGGCAGCGGCAACAUCGAAGCCCAGCCGGUCUCGAAUGCCGUGGUCCUGCCCGAUAUUGUGACUUUGGCAGCAUCAUCUGGCAGCGGCUCAUCCGGCGCAAACAGCUCCUCACCUGCCACGACUUCUGGUUCCUCGACUUCUUCGACUUCCUCGUCGCACGUGGGCCCUAUUGUUGGAGGUGUGAUUGGUGCCGUCGUCGGACUGGGUCUCCUCGGAGCGAUCAUCGGUGCGGUGGUCAUCCGCCGCCGACGGCAAGAUCGUCUCCCGCCUUCCCGAACCUACGAAUACGCCGCCGCUCCGGGUAGCACAAUGGCGUUGGGACUUGGAGCUGCUGGUGCAUUGCGAGAGCAUAGUGGAUCAACGAACGCGUUGACACCUAUGCAAGAGCACCAGUACCAGGACGAUCCGGCGGAAUUCACUCCGCCGAUGCAGCGUUACACCGACUUUGCAUCGUCUUCUCGAGACAGCGCGACAGGAAUGAGCGGCCACUACGACCCGUACUCGGCAGAGGCCAUGUCCACGACGCAGGGCCAGAGACCCUGAACGCUCUACUUAUCUAAUGUACCACGGACUUUCUAUUUAAUACUAGACCAGUUGUAAUAGGAGCCCUUCGUUCUGCUUCAUCUGAGCAUAACGAUCCGCAGCCCGUAUACUAAC